AUGGCCUCGGAUGCUACACCUUCAUAUGCAUCCACCAAGGAAACAACAAAUUAUGCCCGUCUGUGUCGUCUUCUUGUGGAUGUAGGAUCCCAGGCAUUGAGAAACAAGUUUGAUAACAUUUACCCACCAGCAGGCCUACAUGGAGUUCUUACAAAGCCUCCAGUACAUCCAAUACUGCAGGCACUUAGAAAGAAGAGAAUUCUCAAUCCCACUCAAUGGGCCAAGCUGUACCCCUCUACACCUUCAUCCGUAUCUUCUAAAGAUUUUGAUGUCACACUGCUGAUGUUGCUGUUAAGGAAUAUAUGUGGCUUGAUUCCUCCAACCACUGGUUGGGAUAAUCUCCCACCUGCUGCAGAUACAAGUGCUGAAGCCAACAUAGCUAGGGUGAAGUAUUACAGAAACCAUGUCUAUGGACAUGCCAGCCAGGCAUCUGUGGAUGAUGCAACAUUUAAUUCCUAUUGGCAGGAUUUCAGUAAUGCAUUGGUAGGACUGGGUGCAGAUGCCACCGCUAUCAAUAAGCUGAAGACUGAGAGUAUGGAUCCUGUCAUCGAGAAACACUACCAAGAAUUACUGAUGGAGUGGAAGAAAGAUGAUGAUAGCAGCAAAGACAGACUUGAUGAGAUUGAAGGUAACUUGAAAAUGCACCACGAAUAUUUAUUGUGGAUAAAAGAAAUAACCAUAUAGUACUAUAUUCGAUUCAAUACAGUACUAUAGACUUUAUUGUGUUCCCACUAUUGAGGAUCUUCAUAUGUAAUUUAUAAUGUAGACAAUGAUAAAUAGUACUAAUUUAUUAUUUACAAUAAUAAAAUGCUGAAUAAUGUGCAAAUUCAUAUGUUUUAAGAGUAACUCAUUCAACAAAGAGCACAAAGUUUGGGCAACUCAGAUUUUUUGGGCAGCAGGAGAAAAUUUGGGCAAAGCCAGUUUUUAAAGAUGUUUCCAUGUUUGUUAUCAUUAUUAUUAUUUUGAAGAGAUAAAUAUUUUCUAUUUUAACCAGAAGUCGGCGUAAUAAUUCAGUUACGUUCACACGAGACAGUGGUUGCCUAGCACGAGAUGAGUCUCUGGUUAUAAGGGAAGGGUAUCAUAUGUUGAUUUUUUUUAUUGUUGGGCACUGUACUUCACUGUACUAGCUGGAAUGGGCCAACCUCGUCCCCAGGGCUUUUCCCGCCCCACCCAUUUUUUAAGGGAAAAGCCCUGGGGACGAGGUUGGGAAUGGGCUAUUUCCAGUCGUGAAUUGAUUAGAAUAAACUUCCGCAUAACUUUCUAGAAUCACCUCCGCUCCUAGAACAGUGUGUGACAGAACACGCAUCAGCAAUGGGUCUGAAAGUGAAGUGGCUGACUAAUUUUCAGUUUGAAAUACGAGAAGAAUCAUAAUUUUUUUUAAAAAUCUAUCGAGCGGUUUAAAAAUUAUUCACUAAUUUGUUUAAGUAGACCGAAAUGUUUACAAAACCCCGAACAAGAUCGAGCGCUAAUCAAAUCCUUCCUUAUAGCAAUUGGCAGGAGCUAUCUCCAUGAUCUUUCCCCGGCACACGUUUUUAAAAUGACUGAAACUACUAUGAGGUGAAAUUGCAUGUCAAAAGCGCUCCAUUUUCUUCAGAUUACGACUAAACAUCAAGAUUUUCCUUUUUUACCUUAUUUCUAACAAUAAAAACUUCAUCCCAAAAUAUCUCGAUAACGCUCUUACAGUUCCGUUUUAACUUCACGAAUAUCGAGGCGACUAUUGGAGGAAAGAGCUCCCCUGAACGAUUUUGUAAGAACAGUUCCCAGUGAGAAAUAUUGCUGCAAGUAUAAUAGGUAAUGGCGUCAUUUCGUUGCUAUGACAACUCCGAUGUCAUUGCAAUCCUGAUCAUGACAAAUUUCCCUCUUUAUCUAAUACAACUGUGGUGGCAUUUUUUUCCAAAUGCUUGUUUUAUGCUCAAACUUUGCAGAUAUUGACUCUGAAAAACUGUAUCGAGCCACUUUCAUAUGCCAGUACGGCCUAUUUUGUUGCAUGGCCCUAGUUUCCUUUCGACUGUUUUGUAAAAAUUUGGGCAACUUGCAAGAAUGUUUUGGGCAAAUGUAUUACCGCCCUCCCUGGCAAAAAAUUGGCCGUACGCCUAUGACAAAGAGGUCAGCCACAGCUGCAGAAGAUGCACUUUGAGAUUGUCCUGACUAACAAGUGAUGUACAGAGUUUUUGGUUACAGGAAUCAGCUUAAGUAAUGUUCAAAAUAAGAACAGAAUUUUUUUUAUCAUUAGUUAAAAUUGAGCACAAAGCACAAAAAUUUUUAACGCGUGUUAAUACAUGUACUGUGAGUAUUUUAGACAGCUUCAAAAACCUCCCAAGGGUAUUCCAUUUCAACAGGAUUGCUAAUUAACGGAUUUCCCUUUGUAAGACGUGUUGAUUGAAAAAUGUUAAACAAAAGUAGGCAAAUUACAUAGGCUGUUCAGAUAUAGUUGUGCAAAUACGUUGUGCAACUGAAGUACACAGUUUAUGCUCUUAUCCCAGCCUUCUUUCCAAAUGAAAGAAAGUUCCACAGUUAAUAAUCGUACAAAAGGGAAAAAUUGCUAGAGGAGAGUGUCGCUAAAUUUAACUGCAACAUGACAAAAUGGGCAUUGAUAAGUUUUAUAGAACUCUUUCUCGGUAACAGUCGUAUCUUGAAAUGGAUUGGUUUGGUGUUCUCUUGGUUAAAAACUUAUGAUAUUUCAUUUUAGAAUAAAAUUUUGACCGGUUGACGGUUUUUUUUUCGUUUUUUACAAUAAAGAAUUUUUCUGUCGUCAAUGGUUACUUUUUCAAAGUUUUGACUUUUCAUUAAUUAGUUGCAAAUUAGUUCAGGACCACAUUAUAUAAAAUUUCAUGGUUAUUGGUGUUUUUGAUAUAAAAUGUUCAUCCUAAUCAGCCUUCCAUUGUUUCAAUCAUUCAACCCUAUAUUUCCACUGAGGCCCUCCCUGACUUUUCAGUCUGCGUUUUUUCCAGUGUAAGUGAGUUGUGAAGUCUAUUGGAAUUACGCCUACUGAAUAUUAAGAGUUGGAUUUAUGUGGUGGAACUUACUUUACCAGAUAAAUGUAUAAUGGGCCACGAAGAUCUGUAAGACAGGUGUAACUGCAGCCUUUGACAGUAAUAACUGCACUGACUAGUUAUCACAAUAACCACUUUACAAGGUUAUGCACGAAAAAUGCUUCAACGUUAACUUUGUCAUACAGCAGUGUAGGUCUGGAAAUCAUCAGUUCAUAAUGUACCAGUACACUUAACUUGCAAGUGGAUUCUUUAGUACUUCACGACUGCAACACAUGCCGUUAUUAGUAGACUGUUAUCACUUUGACAAAUCAAGAUUGGAUGGAUAAGAUCACAGAUCAGUCCUGGAAUUACAUAUCAGAUGACCUAAAGUUAAAAUGUGUAUAGAGGACUUAAUGACCUGAUACACGCUGUAUAUCUACAUGCAGUAUUGUAAGUCCGAAAUCCUAACGCUGAAAGUGGGCCACAUACUCCAUACAUUCGAGUAUUCACUGAAAAUAAAUUAAUGAUAAAUGUAACUAUGCAGUAAACAUAGUAUUGUGUCACCUUUUAAAAUUCUCUACCCAACUGGUAUUUUUUUUUAUGGGUAGUGCUUGUAGAUUUGCAAUGUACCUUGGCAUCAGCAAUGUCAGUUGUGACAGUUGUUGAAGUGUUUGUCUUGUUUGGUGUAGGUUGGUGCUAUUUCUGCUUUGGCAAUGGUGUUAGGUGUGCACAGUUUCUUCUCUUUCUGGUGCUGGCGGGUGUCUUCACCUCAUACAAGUCAGGUUUCUCUGCAGCUAUUACUACGAGAUAUCCAGGCGCUGGAGGUCUUUGAUGUAAACGUCUGUGCCAGGAUCUGUUGGGUUCAAAGGCAGGGCUCUGUGCCUGCUGUUGAAAGAUGGUCUCUUUUGCUCACAGUGAUUGCAGAUCAAACCACCUUGGGUCAAGCUGAGUGUCAAAUGUUUUUGUACAGUUUUUCCGGUCUGCCUUUCCAUUAGCAGCUUGGCAGGAAGGUACUGGCAUGCUGGUGGCAUUGAUCUGUUAGCGAGCAGCCCUUUUGCUGGGUCCUUUUAUUUUUUAAGAUGUUCUUGACUGUACAGACCUCACGCUUGACUUCUCUAUUCAGCUGGGGAAAUCUUGGACUAAUAGUGGUGUGUUUAAAUCUUCUAGUUAUUCUUUAGAAAAAUUAAUGAAUUCUGAUUUGUCAAACUGAAAAACUUGUUCAGAUCACACUUUUUCGGGGAUCUCUUGUACUGUGUGGCAAAUAUGGCCCUCAGUGUCCUGAUGAUCUCAGUUGACUUUGUUGUUUUUUCCAUGGCUGCCACUUUCACAUACCUUGAAAAGUAGUCAAAAGCUACCAGGUAGCCCAUGCCUUUCAAUUCAUGGAGGACUGAAGCCACCUUCUGCCAGGAACAAUGGAGGUGCAGCAAUAAGCUGUUCAGGCCUGUGUCUAUGUGUAGUGCGCAUCUCCUGAAUUGUUGCACUAGUUCCUGGUCAUCUCUGCUUUUCCAUGGCACCACACCUAGCUCUUGGCUCACUCUCGGCAUUUUGCAAUCCUGUGGUGUCCUUUAUGGAUCUUUGCGAGGAUUUCUAAUCACAUGGAGGUGGGUAUGACGAUCCUAGAUCGUCCUGGUUCUGUGCAACAGAGAGUUCCACUUGUACUGCCAGUAGGUUUUUGUGGUAUCCUUUUUCAUUAAUGAGUGCUUGUCAGGCCACUUCUGGAAGCAGUAAGUUGUGAUCUGCCUAAACACGGAAUCUUCUUCUUUGGCUUGUAUAAUUUGUUGCAGUCUUUCUUCUCAGACUGCUAGUAAUAAGAUGACACUUGCAACGUCUGCCAUCAUCUCCUUAUCAUCAACUUUUUUAGUGUUAGACACGGCUUGACACGAAGUUUUAUGAGCUGAACAAAAUUUUAUAUCAUCUGACUAUAAAAUUAUUAUUAAAGUGUUAUCCCUUUAAAGGUUUAUCUACAGUUUAAAGUUUAUAGUUUUUGCUAUUAAAAGUGGCUGUUUAGACUGGUCCCCUGGAAAAUUAGACAAACCCAAAAAGGGGAUAUAAAUCUGCAAAACACUACUACUGUCUUAGACUUUUUUUGCCUUUGCAACUAAUGCAGUCUCUUUUCCCAACAUGUUUAACUGAUUAUAUCAAGAAGGGGUUUCAAAUACAGUAAUAAAGUCAAAGAUGCUGAGACCUUGUUUAUAAGACUAAGACUUUCAGGCAAGUUCUAAUUCCCAAGACAGAAAUAACCACACAGGACAAACCUUAAUACUCACCAAAAUCACUUGCAAUGUUUUGAGAUCAAAUCCGAUUUGUUUUAAAUGUAGACCCCCCAUAACAGUGUGCAGAGUCAAGGUGUUUAAACAAAACAAACAUUUGGUAUUUAGUAACUUGAACUGUGUUUUCUUCACUCUCUUAUUGUACCUAUUUUUUCAUUUAAGGAUUGUUAAAGGAACUAAAGAAAGACAGCGAUAACUCACGAGACAAACUUGAAGGUAUGUUGGCCAUUAACAGGGUUUAAUAAUCAAUUCCGUGGUAAAAUUAAGACACCUUUUUUAAGAUGACUCAGUCUGUUGGGUGGGGGAACCCCAGUCGUUAUUGAAAUCAGUAGGGUAGCCCUCUUAACUCCUCACCUCCCCCUACAAAAUAAGAGUUACGACCUCCUCAAUCAAAUAACAUGUUCUCAUUUUGUGUGGUCAAUUUUCAUUUUGUUUUUUUGUGUGCUCAGUAUCGUACAUGACCGUACACAAGAAUUUGAAUGAAAACAAAAAAUAUUUUUGUUGAAAACAAAAUUUUGAACACGGAUAAAAUUGAACCACAAAAUUUACCUUGCGUCAUGAUACAAGCCUGAUUCAAGAACUUAGGUUGACGUGCAAUUAAUACUGUUUGGUUUUUGUAUAAAUACUUAUCCCCAAGCCAACGAGUCAAGUUUUCCCUAUACUUUCAUUUUCAAUCUUAUUUAUAUUUACAUGGAUUUAAGCACUUCUUGAGUAACUGCCCUUACCUUCUUUUCCUCUACUUAAAGAACAUGAAGCCACCACACACUCAUGAUGAGAAACUCUCGAACCUUUGAGGUGUUAUUGUCACAACUUGCCUCAUGAGCAGUAAAGAUAGGUUUACAUGUCCUCCUAUAUUGCAUGUAUCUACAGGGCUUAUACGUAACUUUUGUAUUGCCAAUAAUACACUUUGUUUGCACUUUGCUUUAUUUUUUGUAACCAUUUUUUCCCAAUUUCUCCCGGGUGUUACAGUCCUUGCACACAAAUUGAAGUCCAAGCUUAUGCAAAAUUUUGGGUGCAUUAUGUGCAUUUUUUGAUAAUAAACAGAACAGCUAAAGAACAUGAAUGAUCAGAUCCUCGAAAGUGAGAAAAAAAUCAGCGACAAGCUACAACGUUUGACAGCAGAUCCGAUAGAGGAAGCAAACCAAGAAAACUGUAUGUUCUAAACUUUGUGAUAAAAAGGACAGAAGCCACCUUGUUUAUACCUUACAGAAGCUGUAUCACAUUCCAGCCUUCGCAAUUUGCAAAACAAUUUUAUAUCAAGCUGCUUUCAGCCUAUGUAGAUCGGCUAGCCUGUCACUGUUUUCUUCCUGGUAUAUUCCAAACUGUUGAUUUUUUUUUUCGAGCGUAGUACACUUUCCUUUUGUUUUAGUUUUUGCCAUUUAACAAACAGGUGUCCGGUUAAUUUAUGAAGAGCAAAAUUGUUUCCAGGCCUCCGUCCUGUAGCGACCAAGUCACAACGUUGCAACUAACUGUGAGAGACAGGAGAAAUAGCAAAACUGUUGUCCAAUAAGGGCCUUUUGGAAAAAACAAUAUACUGAUCCAAUAUCCUUCCAAAGCAGAAAAUCAAUGCUUUUCUUAUCCUUUGACACGUAAAAGAGAAUGGAUAUGAUCCCUUGUUCCCAACAUUCUUGGAAAGGUCUCGUCUGUGGAUACUGUAGUGUUCCAUUUUUCAGACCUUCCUUUUUUUCUUGCCCUUUAUAAAGCAAUAUCCCUUCAUCUACUGUACCAUCCAUCAGUGCCUAAUAUCAAACAAGAACAAGAACAAGAAACUAAUAUUUCAAUUGAACUGAUAAAAUUUUUUUCAAACGAAGUUGCCAUAACGUAUCUAGCGUUCAUUGUUCUUCUAUAGGUUUGCAUUUAUCAUUCUUCAUCGCUUUCAUCGUGGAACCAUAUUAGGUCCUCAUUGUCACUGGAGUGACCAAUUGACACUAAAGUUAAUUUCAUUAUACCGUUCCCCAGUCGUUGGGACGGUAGUACCACAUUUGACCAACGAGCGAAUAGUGAUCAGUACUGGUAUCCUUUCAUGGACGUCGUAGAGAUUUCUUGCGGCCAAGCUUGCCCUCCAGCCAUUUUGUGAAAAGAACAGCGGCUUACUAUCAAUUGCAUACGCGCGCUUGAUGAUCUCUAAAGAGAAAAUAAAGGGUCUGUGAACAGGCUAAACGUCAAGAGGCUGCACCUUGCCUGUUCUCUCUGGUGGGACUAAGGCUAGAGUAGUGUUACACGAUCCCGAACGUCGAGAAAUUGAAGUUAUGGAGCAGAGAAAAUUCACUGAGGAUGAAAGCGACAUUAUGCUUGUUGCGCAGUCGUGGUCAAUUCGUUUAUUUAAUUAGUGACUCAUUUUAGUCACCCUAAAGUAACGGCUAUCUGAAAGUUACGGCCACCCAAAAGUGGCGGCCCCUCUGGCCUGCUAAUAGGGAGCUUUAGCAUCGACGACGGCAACGGCAACGAAAACGUCAGUUUUAAAAUGAAUUCCCGUUGUUUCAAUCUUUGUCGCGUUUAUUCCAAUUUGCUGAAAAUGGCAAGUGUAGGCGAAUUUCCCUGGAGUUGAUUUCUUGAGGACCGCACUCAAGUUUAGAGAGAAAAAAAAAGAGAUUCGUCGUCGCUUGUUUACGUCCUCCAUAAAACUUGCAAUUAGGCAUUUUCACGACGUAGUCGUGCAAGAACGGUAAAGAAAUGUACAGAAAAGCGUGAUGCACGUGCAAAGUUGUUGUUUUGCGUAAUAAACCUAUAGCUUUUUUGACGUCCUCGUUGCCGUCGCCGUCGUCGUUGCUAAAGCUCCCUAAUUCCGAAAGUAACGGGGGCUGCUACUUUGCGAGCGCACAGUGAUAAAAUUAUUGAGUUACAAAAUUCCUUUCAUUUACUGCAUGUCACAACUAAGAAGACACUGAAGGGUUUUUUCAUGCUAAAGAGAUAAUAAACUUUCUUAAUACUUGUUUCUUGUUAUAAUUUAAACCGCAAAACAGUCUGUUUUUUUCGUAUUUAAGUACGCGCAAACAACAGGUAUGGAGAGAGGCUGAAAAAAAGCGCGCUUAAGACUCUUACGCUACGCUUUACCGAUUUUGAGAAAAAAACCGACUUCUUUGCAGUCUAGUUAUAAUUGUACUCUUCUACUAACAAUGAAUGUCGUCCCCAGAAAAAAUCAGAGAAGACCUCGAAGAGAUCAAAAGCGAACUAGGAAACAUGGGCGAGAAACUGAAAACUUUAGCAAAUGAAGGUAAUAUGCAUAUGGACAGUAUCAGUAUUCUAGUAUUUCAAGCAAUGAAGAUUUUGAGUGAACCUGCUUCCCUUACAGACGAAUUUGAGGAGAGUAACGGGCUUUGCGAUUUGCUAGGAAAAUCCCCGUAAUCGUGAGAUUACAGUUAUAACGGGUCCCCGAGUUUCAAUCCUCUGCGUUCGAACCAAGCUGGGCCAUCCAUUUAGACUUGUCCCGGUAUUCAUUGACACGGCGAGGAAUUUUUCUUUCACUCUAUGGAUGGGAUGCCAGUCCAAGGCAUGUUUACCCCUAGCAUUAAAUUCGCUGGUAUCCAUGUAUACACUUGGGUGGAAUGAGGCACACUGAAUGCAACGCAGUGACGGCCGCCAGGGCUUCAGCCCCGAAAUCUCGAUCCAGAGUUCACAGCACUAUAACCAUCAGGCAACCACGCCGCCCAUUACCCAUUUCAAUACUUAGUAUUUUCUCAACAAACGACAGUUUUGCUUAAAUUUGUAUCCCCAGACAGAGAAAAAUUUGAGAUCAAAGGUGAGAUAACAGCCAUUAGAGAAAAGUUAGAUGCCUUGACAUCAGCCGGACAAGAAAGCAAUGAUAAAGGAACAUGUAAGAUCUACAGAUAAGUUCUUCACUUAAGGACCAUAAACAGUGUCUGCGUUAUUAUUUGUCCGUCUUAAGCGGGUUAAAUUUAGAAAACAAUAAAAAGGGCUUUACGGGGAAAUUAGUGAAAGUCCGCAAUGGAACUCACAGCUGAAGCUCUUUUACGCGACCACCUGAGAAAUUCGAAAAAGUGGUUGUAAUUAGAGCUGGUUGGGAAUGAGCUCUCGUAAGCGACCGCGUUGUAAACAAUGCGGGGUAGUCCCUUACGAGAGCUACAGAAAAUCAUUAAUAAUUUAUAAAGAAAAAACAAAAGAAAUGUUUAUUGACUGUCUUUUCUAUCUGAUAAAGACACGGCUAACCUUUACGUCCAAUUUUUUAUAUCACUAGCGCAGUGUGCAGUUUCAUUUAAGUGUUGAUUUAUAUGAAUAUGACUCCGAGUCACGUGGCCGCUGAGUGGUCGCUUACGAGAACUUAAAAACAAAGGAAAAGUCCAGUUGAGUAAUCCCAAAAGUGGUCAUGCGUUACAACUUUUGAUCCAAACUUUAUUUUUACAUGAAAUUUCUCAACGAUGUUUAUUGCUCUAUCGGGUACUUGUAUUCAGAAGUUCAGUAACCGGCAUGCCCGAUUUGUUUUUUAUCACAUUCCGUAAAGACGUUGGGCAUGGAGUUGGAUAAGUCAUGUAGCGCCGGUAGAGGCCCAGAUGAUCCAUUUUGAGGUUUUUUAUCACCUGGUACGGAAGAGCCACUUCGACUCCCAAACAAUAUCGUUUCUUAGAUCAGGCAGCUGAAAAAAAAGAAAAUAUAUACAUAUAUAUAUAUAUUUUGGGCGUUAAUCUACAAAAGAAAGCCUUUCCACAGUGAGACUUAAGUAUUUCUUUACAAAUUUGAGACAAGCGCGCUGAACGUUAACGUUGCUUGGUGGACUGAGCAGAGCUUUUUUUUACCAUAUCAGGGGCCUUCCAACCCUCGCUUUUCAUAAACCUGCUCCAGACUUGGCUUGCUAACUUUUGAGGCUACCUUGCCAAGUUCCUCUUUUGUACGUAGCCUUUAGCUGCUUUAUUUAGGGCUUUCUGUCUUCCCCUUCAUUCCUUGUCUUCAAAAUCUUCAUUUCUCGAUGACCAUUUUACCACCCAACAUUCGGAUUAUUGCCAUUUUUUAGCAAUUUUUUAAACUGAUAACCUAGUAGAUCGAAGUAUACAUGAUUAUGCUCUCGGCAUAGCUGACCUUUUUCGAGUUAACAUUCUUUGUUUCUUGUAUUCUUGAACGCCUAGAUCAUAGAGAGGCAAGUAUUGCAAGUGGUACCGUUAGACCUGGUGUUGCUGCAGGCCCUUCAGAUUUAAACGUGAAGCAGACUCAUCAUGACCAAGGUAUAGAACUCUACUAAGGGUAUAAUGAAACUCUGUUAAGAUCGUUCGAAACUUUUUUGCUAAAAUAUAGUUGGUAGAGGCGAAUGGUUAUGAAAGCUGCCUAAAAUCAACGGUGUUGCAGUUUAUGUUGAGAUCUCCCUUACCAUGCACAAUCGUUUGAUUUUGGUUCGUUUCUACUUGUUGAUUCAGUCAACAUGGUAGGAAUGCUAAUAAACGGUCAAGUCAAAGAAAGCUGACAAAAAUAUUUAUAUAACAAAGACGUCUGACGGGCUUCAUAACCAUUGCACUUUAUGACUAUGGCUUGUGAACAACCACAUCGGAACCAGCUUCUAGAUCGCCGUUUGCGUGGGAGAAGUCUUCUAUUAAGGAGUCUGCAAUAAAGCCAUAUCAAUCCCUCAGUUAAGUGGUGGGUAGAUUAAAGCCGGCUUUCAACCAAGUGGCCCAUCCGGCUGGAGGGGUUGCAAUAAAAAUUGAAGUAGCCAGCAGGUUUGAAUAGAGCAACCGACUAAUACAUUUCCUUGAAACAAUAAAUAUGAACAAAAGCACACGGCACAUCAUGCAAAAUGUAGCAACUAUAAUAAAGUCACUUAUCAUUCAUUCAAUAAUUGCGAAUUACAAAGAUUUAUCGAACCGUAUAAUGAGUUUCUUUUUAGUUUUACAACUGUUUUUGCUCUUUAAACCGUGUGCGUUUUAUCGGAAAAACUAUAAAGCAACGUGCGAAAAAUUGACUGAAAAUACAGCGUUUACACAACUAAAGCAUAACAUAAAACCAGUGGGCCUUUAAUGGUGUAUUUUUUGUUUACUGCAUUAUUAAAACUAGUUGCUUCGUCUUUUUUCUUUCUUUAUACAAAAAUACUAUGCUUACACAGAGUCGUCAAUAACAGCAGAUUGAAUAUUCAGCAGAUUCAAUGUUCAAAAUCUCGACCUUAAAUUGUUGGAAAAUUAAAAUCAAUCAAGAGAUUCUCAAAGAAAACUAUGCUUCCAAUUCAGUGACAGAAUUUAGUUUCUGCAUUUAAGGGCACCCAUCUUUCAAGUUACACGCUCAGCGAGCUCCCAACAUAACCUGCACCCCAUUGUUUCCAUCUUUGAUUUUUGCCAGCUUGCAGAACCUGUCUCCUCUACUUAGCUAACGGGACCACUUGCACUAUUUUCCUUCCCAUGAUCUGGACAUUCAGGAAUAAAAAUAGCCAGAAUUUCAGCCGUCUCCUCGAGCCGCAAACUUUUUUGUUUACGACAUUAUUAAAACUAGUUGCUUCUUCUUUCGAAACAUGUAAAUUACAUACAAUCUUUUGUCUUGGUUCACAAAUUAUGACUGAAUAAAUUUAUAGGACGUUGCUAUUGGUCCAUUAGUUCACAAUGAAAGGUGCACGGUCAAGUCCAAAAAAGCUAACAAAAACAUGACAGUGAAGUUGGCCGGGCUUCAUAACACCGAACUUCAAUAACCCUUCCUGGUUUGCUCAAUUGGAUAAGCGCAGGUCUGCCGAGCUGGAGGCCGCUGGUUCAAACCCUGGCCGGACCAACACUCAGGGUGUUUAAAUAUCUGAGGAGAAAGUGCUGCCUUUGGAAAGACAUCUGCAAACGGUUAGACUUUCUAGUCUUCUCGGAUAUCAACGAUAAACCCUAGACCCCGUCUAACAACUAGGGUGUACCAUCCAGUUUUUUUAAAACUUGGUCCAAUUGACAGUCAGUAUAUUAAAAAUCUGCAGUAAAAGGAUAAGGUCACCUUGCUUGAUUUCGCCCCGCGAGCCCGUUAUUCUAAGUGUUUUUGCCAAGUUGCGCACGGAAUGUUCAAAGCUGGAACAACCGUCAAAAAUCAUUCUCGUACAAAAAAAAAACCCUAUGAAACAUACUAAAAUCUAAAGCCCGUUUGUUGAUCUGGGCUAUAAUUUUUCAGUAUAGUGACUUUAAAUUGCUCGAUCUUGGAAGUAAUUUAAAACAUAGACCGUUUAUACUGUGUCUCCAAAUGCGGCAUUUUACGUCAUUCUUAUAAAAAAAAUACAACUUCUACUAACCAGAUUUUUUUCUCCUUUACAUAUAUUUUUCUUGUAGCCAUAACCAGUAAAAACCAAUAAAAAAGGGGGAUCACCGUUCUCGUUUCCUUGCAAAGAGACAACAAAGGGGCAAUUCCGGCCUCAAAUGGGCAUUUACGCGCGGGGACUAGGGCGAGUUUUAAGCCCAACACCAUUUUAGCCGGGGAGAGUUAAAACGAUUAAAACUAUAAAGAGAGCCGUUACCUCUUUUCAGGUGACUGGUGAAAAUCACCACCAGCUUUGACGUCGUCAUGUUAUGCGCAGUGCAAAACAAGGGAAUUACCUUAAGUUUUAGUGACACUCGUUACCGUCGCCAUUGUUUUCAUUAAGCUGAUCUCUAUUAACAGACUGUGCUUGUCGCUAGAGAUUGAAAAUAGCUCUAUCAGCCAAUAGAUGAAAAGAAUUAUAACCGUGAUCGUCGUUUCGCUGCCUUUAGAUUGAGUCGUCACAAAGCAAGACUUAGUGGAAAGGAAAUAAUUUGAAUGUUUUGCUUUAAAGGAGUGAAACUUGUUUUUCUCACUUUCCCGUAAUGAACUUCAAAAACGGGGUAAAGUCAGUGGAAACUCGGAAGAGCUCGAAACAUCUGUAGGACCCUCGAAUUAGUAGUUAUAUGCCAUGCACUCAACAGACGUGACUUACUUACAGGUGUCCGUUUUAAGCGGGUUGAAUUUUGAGACAAUAUAAGGGCUCUCGCCAAUGUUAAAACAAACUGUCCAUAAAACAACGAGGUGUCCGUAUUAAGGUGGUGUCUGUAUAGUGGAGGUUCGACUUAAACACUACGUAUCUUUUAUUUUCAGGUGGUUUUUACCCAAAUGGAUUUGUUGAUGGCAUUCGCCAACUAUACAGCACCCGUGAAAGAUGGUUUGCGCCCUUCCCAUGGUGGGAAAAGUUUCGAUUAAGCCUUGAUAACAAUUUUACCAGACUCAAAAUAGUGAGCAGAAAGAAAGAAAGGGGAAUAAAGACUGAUGAAACUGUUACAAUGAAAGAUAUCUUCAAACCCCACGAAGAAUGCGCUCAUCCUAGGACGGUCUUAAUUGAAGGGAGGCCAGGUAUUGGAAAGACCACAUUCUGUAGUAAACUUGCUUACGAUUGGGCAGCCAACAAACAAGUGGCAGAAAAUCCUUCAGCAAGUUUUUUUCCAAACGUCCAAGUAGUUUUAUUGCUUAAAUGCAGAGAAAUAGAGUCUAGCCUUUUGGAGGCCACCGGAGGACAACCUCUCCCUCGAUCGGAAAAAGAGAAAGUGAACGAAAUCUUCAAGUCUGUCCUUUGGGACGCUAUUGAUGACCAGCUUCUGCCUCGAGAUUGCACAAAAGAAGAUAAAGAAGAAUUCUUCAAAUUCAUUCGCUAUAAUCAGCCCGAUAUUUUACUGGUACUUGACGGAUUGGAUGAGUUGCCUACCAAUAUGUUUGCAGCGUUUAAGGAAGUCAUUCAAGGAAGAAUGCUACCAAAAUGUUACAUUGUAGCUACAGCACGACAAGAGGUUGGGAUGGAGGUGCGAGAGUGUUGCGAUACCUUGCUAGAAAUUGAAGGUUUCACUAAAGAAGACGCCCGAGAGUUUAUUUUCAGGUAUUUCAAAGCGGAAACGCAUUUGGCCCAGAAGCUUUUAAACAAACUAGAGUCUGACGAAAACCUCCAACAGUUGACAGAAAGUCCUUUAAACACUGUACUUCUUUGUCUUCUUUGUGAGGACUCUGAUGGUAUUUUUGCAGAAAGUUCUGUAUCUAGAAAUGGUAGAGUGUGUUCUUAGAAGAUAUAGGAAAAAGAAAGGAUUACCAUUACCAAAUACCAAAGACGAAGACCUCACUAAAGUAUACAAGACUCAACUAAGACAGCUUGGCUCCAUCGCAUGGAACGGUCUGCUUCAUAAUAACAUGUCCCUCGAAGAACACGAGUUUAAAAAUUGCUCAGAAGAAUUAUCUGAAUUCGGCUUCUUGUCCGUUGAGUGUAGCCCUAAAAAAGUGAGACCAUCUCUGAACUAUUUCUUUUUGCAUAAAACAUUUCAGGAACUGUUUGCGGCAUUUUACCUCUGUUGCCUGGUUCUAGAUAACGAAAUUUGUCCAGAAAUCUUAAUUGCCGACGACAGAUAUUUUAAAGAGCUUAAACAGGUGCUUUUGUUCACAUGCGGCGUGCUAGCUUCGCAAUCGGAAGAAGCGAUAAAGGCGUUCGUUUCGUGUAUUGCUAAGCAAGUAAACGAUGAAGAUAGGUUGUCAGUUGCAUUGGAAUGCAUUAAAGAAUGUAAAAACGAAAAGAGUUGUACCCUUCAUCUGCUCUUAGCUCGUACUCUUGGCUCGCAUCUUCAAAUAACACACUUGAAUUUGUCAUUGAAUAGACUUGGUACUGGUGACUCUACUGCACUUGCGGAAGCAAUCAAACACAAUUCAACAAUAACAAAGUUGAAUUUGUCAUUGAAUAGACUUGGUACUAGUGACUGUACUGCACUGGCGGAAGCAAUCAAACACAAUUCAACCAUAACACAGUUGGAUUUGGCAAGGAAUGAACUUGGUACUGGUGACUGUACUGCACUGGCGGAAGCAAUCAAACACAAUUCAACAAUAACACAGUUGGAUUUGGCAGGGAAUGAACUUGGUACUGGUGACUGUACUGCACUAGCGGAAGCAAUCAAACACAAUUCAACAAUAACACAGUUGGAUUUGGCAGGGAAUGAACUUGGUACUGGUGACUGUACUGCACUGGCAGAAGCAAUCAAACACAAUUCAACAAUAACACAGUUGGAUUUGUCAAUGAAUAGAGUUGGUACUGGUGCCUGUACUGCACUGGCGGAAGCAAUCAAACACAAUUCAACAAUAACACAGUUGGAUUUUGCAGCGAAUGAACUUGGUACUGGUGACUGUACUGCACUGGCAGAAGCAAUCAAACACAAUUCAACAAUAACACAGUUGGAUGUGGCAAGGAAUGAACUUGGUACUGGUGACUGUACUGCACUGGCGGAAGCAAUCAAACACAAUUCAACAAUAAUACAGUUGAAUUUGUCAUGGAAUGGACUUCGUACUGGUGACUGUACUGCACUGGCGGAAGCAAUCAAACACAAUUCAACGAUAACACAGUUGGAUUUGUCAAGGAAUGGACGUGGUACUGGUGAUAGUGCUGCAUUGGCGGAAGCAAUCAAAUACAAUUCAACAAUAACACAGUUGAAUUUGUCAUGGAAUGGACUUGGUACUGCUGACUGUACUGCACUGGCGGAAGCAAUCAAACACAAUUCAACAAUAACACAGUUGAAUCUGGAAGCGAAUGAACUUAGUACUGGUGACUGUACUGCGCUAGCGGAAGCAAUCAAACACAAUUCAACAAUAACACAGUUGAAUUUGCAAGGCAAUGAACUUGGUACUGGUGACUGUACUACACUGGCGGAAGCAAUCAAACACAAUUCAACAAUAACACAGUUGGAUUUGUCAUUGAAUAUACUUGGUGCUGGUGACUGUACUGCACUGGCGGAAGCAAUCAAACACAAUUCAACAAUAACACAGUUGAAUUUGGAAGGGAAUGGACUUGGUCCUGGCGACUUUACUGCACUGGCGGAAGCAAUCAAACACAACUCAACAAUAACACUGUUAAAUUUGACAUACAAUAGACUUGGCAGUGGUGACUGUACUGGACUGGCGGAAGCAAUCAAACACAAUUCAACAAUAACACAGUUGGAUUUGGCAAGGAAUGAACUUGGUACUGGUGACUGUACUGCACUGGCGGAAGCAAUCAAACACAAUUCAACAAUAACACAGUUGGAUUUGGCAAGGAAUGAACUUGGUACUGGUGACUGUGCUGCACUAGCGGAAGCAAUCAAACACAAUUCAACAAUAACACAGUUGAAUUUGGAAGGGAAUCAACUUGGUACUGGUGAAUGUGCUGCACUGGCGGAAGCAAUCAAACACAAUUCAACAAUAACACAGUUGGAUUUGGCAAGGAAUGAACUUGGUACUGGUGACUGUGCUGCACUAGUGGAAGCAAUCAAACACAAUUCAACAAUAACACAGUUAAAUUUGGAAGGGAAUCAACUUGGUACUGGUGACUGUACUGCUCUGGCGGAAGCAAUCAAACACAAUUCAACAAUAACACAGUUGAAUUUGUGA